AUGGGAUGUUUUGCAAAGAACUACUGCACAAUUGCAGUGUCCCGUGCGCUGGCUGGCGUCGCCGGUUCGCCGUCUGUCAGCGUAUUCGCUGGCGUUCUGAAUGAUAUGUGGAAUAUCCCUAGCGAUCGGCUGGGCGUCCUCGCCUUUGUCAUGUACGGGCUGGGAGGCGCAAUCGCACCAUCUCUUGGUCCUAUUGUUGGCGAGUCUAUCGUGGCAACCUACGGUUGGCGAUCAUCGUUCUGGCUCACAUCUGUGCUGGCUGGAUCAUGCUUUCUUGGCAUGGUGUUCACGCCAGAGACGUUUCAGAACGAGAUAAUGCGGCAGAAGCAAAAUGCGCCACGACGAGGACUGGUGAAAGCACUCGUGCCUGCGCUUAGGCGCCCCUUGGAGCUGCUCUGGUUCGAGCCCGUCAUAUGGCCGACUGCGCUUAUUGUGACAACAAGCCAAAUCGUACUCUUUAUUCUUUAUGUCAGCCUACCAGUGGUCUUGAAACAGACCUAUCAGUUCUCCCCGUAUCACGUCGGGUUAGCAUUUUUGCCGUUCAUGGUCGGCACCCUGCUCGCAGUACCUGCGCUGGCUAUGCAAGAUCGACGGAAACGGUCUCUACCUCAACCAGCCCCGGAGGACAGUCUUGUUGGAGUCAAAGUCGCAGGAAUCUUACUUCCCAUCAGCUUGAUCUGGCUUGGCUGGACUAUGCGACCAACGGUCCACUGGAUCUGGCCUCUUCUUUCACUUGUGGCGCAUGGAUGGUCAUUUGCGAUGGAACAGCUUUCCUACCCGGUCUACAAAAACGAAAUCUAUGGCAUCGAGUAUGGAGCGUCAUCUCUGGCGGUGGACAUCGCAAUGCGAUACUUGCUUUCCUCAGUCUUCCCAUUGUUCACAGCGCCAAUGAUCGACUGGAUGGGAUUUUCUUGGCUGAUGACUACAAAAAGGGAGAAUCGUGGCGUGCACGAAGCAGAGUCUCGUCCGUCUAUGGCGCUGCCAAAACGUCCGAGUGCUGGGACCGUCACUGUCACCAUCACAGCGACUGGUGCCCCCUAG